GAAUAAUCUAUAUGUAAUUGUUAGGAUCUUCUUUAUAUUAUUGUUAUUUGUAUAACGGUAUUUGUCGCAGUGGUUUGCUCCUCAGGCUGCGCGAGGCUGUCAUAGCCAGUACAGUUAUCUGGGAGAAGGAGGGACAACAUGGCGUCCGAGCAGGAAAUCUCAAACACGCCACUGAAGAAGUCCAUGAGGGAGAAAGCUAUUGAACGCAGGACAGCAAAUAAAGAACACAACAGUAAUUUUAAGGCUGGAUAUGUUCCUAUUGAAGAGGAGAGGCUCCAUAAGACCGGACUGAGGGGUCGCAAAGGCAUCAUUGCCAUCGCCAUCAUCAUUCUACUUUUUCUGCUUGCGCUUAUCAACCUCAUUAUAACUCUAGUGAUAUGGACGGUGAUACGGAUAGGUCCUGGAGGUUGUCAAAGUAUGGAGUUUCACGAGAGCGGACUGCUACGCUUCAAACAGAAGGCCGAUAUGGGCGUGGUCCAUCCACUGCACAAGAGCACAGUGGGCGGUAGGAAAGACCAGAACCUUGUCAUCACAGGCAACAAUAACCCGGUGGUUUUCCAGCAGGGCAACACUAAGUUAAGCGUGGAGGAAGACAAGACAUCUAUCGUCAGUGACUUGGGCAUCUCAUUCACUGACCCCCGCACUCAGACCACUUUCUUCAGCACUGAUUUUGACAACCAUGAGUUCCACUUGCCCAAAGAGGUCAAAGUUCUCAAUGUGAAGAAAGCCUCUACUGAGAGAAUCACCAGUAAUGCGUCCUCUGACCUCACUAUCAAAGGAGAUGGUAAAGCCAUUAUUCGUGGCAAUGAGGGAGUGUACAUCAUGGGCAAAACUGUGGAGUUCAACUUGGGUGGGGACAUUGAGCUGAAAGCGGAAAACAGCAUCAUUCUGAAUGGAUCGGUGAUGUUUAGUCCAUCACAUAUACCCAACUCGUCUCUAGGCGGAGACCUGUAUUACAAUGAUGGGCAGGAGAGGUAUAAACUGUGCAUGUGUGCAGACGGGACCCUGUUCAGAGUGCAGGUCAAAUACUCCAACAUGGGCUGCCAAACCUCCGACAACCCCUGUGGAGCAGCGCACUAAUGAGAAAAGAUUACUAAUGGAAAACAAACACAUCUCUUAACAAUGUCUUCAUAUAUCAGUUAACCACUUAAAUAAACUGCCAAAGAUACAGAGAUGAUAACGUGUGUUAUUACAAACACACUCAAACAACCAAGAAAAACUGGACAAUAAUUGUAAUAUUAGUGUAUGCACGGAAAACACAAUCUGUGUAACCCUUUACAAGAACGCACCCUUCUGCACACCCACACACUUUAUUGGAGGUGUCAGAAACACAUUCUGCACACCUCUAUGAUGAUAAUUACUCUCUUAUAGUAAGAUAAACUCAGCCAACCCACAAUUUGAUGUAAUUGUUUGGCCGAGAGUUUCCUGUGCAUUAUCAUUGGCUCAUAUCAGUGUUUUAUAGCCACCAAGCUGCCAACUUUCAGCGUUCACUGCAUGUGCUUUUAUCUUGUAUUAUAGUGGAAUAUUUAAGUCCAUUGUUUUUUAUUACAUACUUCUACUAUCCCCACCUGUCAACAAAUAACCACGUUACAUGUUGCUUACCCAAUAGUUUGCCACUUUCUUACACUACACUGGAGUAUUCAAACUUCUUUGGUUUAAUUGAAUUUUAUUUUGCAUAAACGGUUCACUAUACAAAGGCAGACCCAACUAGAUCUUGCACUACCUCUGCCUGUACUGAUCUAUACGUUAUUAGCAGUGCGAUUGCUUACGUUUCGGUUAACAGACGUUAAUGGAUUUUAAAUGGUCAAUAUAACACAUCGGCUCUGAUGUCAUUAAGAUUUUUUCAGGGUUAUGUUUUUAUAUCACAUGUUUACUUUGAUUUGAGCCUUUUGGCUUUAAGAAUUGUUAUAUUUAGUAUCUAUCUUGUAUGAAACAGGAUCAACACAGCCAACUAGCUUCAAGCUACAUCUUAUUUAAGUAUCAUUGUGAGCCUGAUCCUGAAAUAACUUCAUAAAUGAAUAGAUAGCAACACAUUAACAUGUGGCACAUAGUUUAAUCAACCCUGUAUUUAUGUACCUAUAGUCACGUAAAUUUGUGAGUCUUUUCCGUGACACUGACACGUUUUUCCACCUUUUGCGUGAACAUUUUUGUUUAUGUGUCACUGUCAUGUAUUUGUUACUCAAAUGUUUUGUCCUAUUUUUAAACCAUUGACGCUUCGGUUUAGGGUUAGAUUUGGUGUUUGCAUUUUUUCAUGAUAUUUUAUUUGUAUAUUUUAUGAUUUUUAAGCCAUUGUCAACUGGGUUAGAGUUGGGUUUGGGUAAAGAUGUCAUUUUAUGUAAAUCUAACCCUUAACCGAAGCAACAAUGGUAAGAAAAUAGGACAAAACAGUUGAGUAACGAAUACGUGACAGUAAAAAGACUCACAAAUUUACGUGAGGUACAUAAUUUCGUGAUACUGGGUUGUUUUAAUUGUUUGCUUUAUAGUGCCCCGUUACUUGGAUUUUCUUAAUGAGAAAUGUCUAAUCUGUUUAAUAUGUUCAGAAGUGUGUGCCAAUGCAUUGUCUUUUGAUGAGAUAAAUACAGGAAACUAUAUGUUUGAUUUGUUAGAGUGAGAUAAUUGUGCAAUAUAUAACCUUAACGUCUUUGGCUUUGUUCAUCUGGGUACAUGUGUGGUAUUUAUUUUGUUUUGUUGUUUCUCAGCUGUUAAAAGUGUUAAAAUAAUGUUCACCUUAACUUCACAAAAGAUCAUCUGUGCUUACUGUCAGAUUUUGUUUUUUCAACUCUGCAGUGGAUUUAUCUGUUGUGUUGAAUUGUGGCAUUGAAUGACUGACAAUCUAAUCAUGGUUAUGAACACUUUGUAUUGCUUAAAGGGUUUGCCACAACUAUUUGUUAAAAUUGAAUGAAAAAUGAGUGCUUUCAUAUUGCAGUGUUUUUGUUAAUAAAUUGAAAUGCAGGUUUUGUUUGAAA